CAUUUCAUCAAAUCUGAAGUGGAAAUGGAGCUGCCAGAGCUGUUAGUCAUACAUCCACCUCCAGUAUUCAUCAUCCACCAACAACAAUUCUCACAAAAAUUCAAACUUCUCAAAGCUUACGAAUCUCCACUCUCCACAGAGCUCUUCCUACAGGCCCACGCUCAGUCCACUAAGGCCCUUAUCUGCUACGGCAAGAGCCCUAUACUCCGCCAUCUCCCUUCUCUUGGACUCGUUGUCACUGCUAGCACCGGCUUCAACCAUAUCAAUCUCCCCGAAUGCCGUCGCCGAAGUAUCGCCGUUGCUAAUACUGCUGAUGUCUUUUCUGAGGAUACUGCUGAUAUUGGUGUCGGUUUGUUGAUUGACGUACUUCGGAAAAUUAGCUCCGGUGAUCGGUUUGUUCGCUCUGGAAUUUGGCCUAAAAACGUUCAGUAUCCUUUGGGUUCCAAGUUGGGAGGUAAGCAUGUGGGAAUAGUUGGUUUAGGCAACAUCGGUUUAAAAGUUGCAACAAGGCUAGAGGCAUUUGGCUGCACAAUUUCAUACAACUCUAGGCAAAAGAAGCCAGUUCCCUACGAUUUCUACCCAAACGUCUGUGAACUUGCAUUCAACUGUAACAUCCUCGUCAUAUGCUGUACAUUGACUAUCGAAACUCGUCACAUGAUUGACAAGGAUGUUCUAAAAGCAUUAGGGAAGGAUGGAAUUCUCAUCAACAUUGCUCGUGGACCUAUCGUCGAUGAGAAAGAACUGGUGAAGUUGUUGGUUGAAGGUGAGAUAGCAGGUGCUGGUUUGGAUGUGUUUGAGAAUGAACCUAAGGUUCCUCAAGAAUUAAUUGCAUUGGAUAAUGUUGUUCUUACACCACAUAGAGCUGCUUUCACUGAGGAAGCUUUUCGCGAUGCUUUCCAACUAGUUCUGGCCAACUUAGAAGCCUUUUUCUCGAAUAAACCAUUGAUUUCUCCAGUUAUAGAUGAAUGAAUAGAGGACUAGAACUGGGUCUUUUCAGGUUCAGAUUUGACCUCAUGACAAUUCAUCACAAAGUAUGCAUGUAUAUCAUUGAAUAAUUAAUUUACUACCAGAUAAAAUGUAAGUUCUACAUUGUGGUUCCUUCAGCAACGAUUAUUCUCCUGAUCAAUUACUAUAGUUAUGAUC